UUUGCUCAUCCUGUUGACGACAUCAUUAGCCUCAAGGAACCUUUGGUUUGGUUUGGUUGAGGUUAAACAUGGCUGUAGUGUUACUGGAAAUUUGGACAAUGGCUUACUAUCAUGUGUGCAAUAGAUCAUUCUGAAGAUCUUUGGACCAAGGUUCUGACAGGAUAUUGGAAUUGUAAAGCUACGACAGCAUCAUUUAUCUUGUCAUCAACUUUCCAAGAACCUUCAUAGUGGAAAUAGUUUUUAUUCGACAUCUCUGGAAGGUGGCAAAGUACACGGUGUGCUGGAGAUCUUUCAGAAGAUCUUUGGAUUCAGGUUUCUCCAGGAUCUUGGGAUGGCAAGGUUCCAACAGUGGCAUUCAUCUUGCCAUCAACUUUUCAGGAACCUUUAGAUUGGUAUGGUUUUGACAUUACUCAAAAUGGGUUUCAAUAGACAUCCUUAGGCAUAGUAGAAGGUAUGGAGGAGGUCUUUCUGAAGAUCUUUGGACUAAGGUUUUCCUGGGAUCUUGGGAUUCUAAGGCUACAGCACCAUCAUUCAUCUUGUCUAUGCUACCAGUAUUUUGCAGUCAGAUUAGUGUUUGCUUAAUGUUUGUUUUCUGAAAGAGCUUUUUGAUGGUGAAGGUCUCCAGUAGAUCUUUCUAAAGACGAGGUAAUCGCCAGCAUUUUGUUGCCUACAUCAUCCAAUGGACAACAAUCAAUCAUUGGGAUUGGUGGUGGUGUUCAUGGAAGUUGUCAUAAAUAGACAGCUUUGGCAGGCGGCAUGGUAGAAGGUUUGUUGUAGAUCUUUCUGAAGAUCUUUGGAUGAAGGUUUCUACAUUAUAUUAAUAUUACAGUGAUACAACAGCACAAUUCAUUUGUUGUUUACAUCAUCAGUUUUCCAAGAAUCUUCAGAUUUGUGUCAUUGUCGUACUUCUGGAAAUUGUUUUUUAAUAGAUGCCUUUGAAGGUGGCUGAGUCUGAAGAUCUUGAGACUAAGAGUUCUCAAAUAUCUUGUGAGACUUUGAUUAGAACUUUUGGAGGUGUGUGGUUGAGUAGUGGUGUUACUGGAUGUUUUUUUUAAUAGGAACCAUUAGGAGGUCACUAAAUGGUGGAUCAGGUACAUCUCUGGAGAACUGUUAUUCCUUCUGGAGAUCAUUCUGAAGAUAUCUGGUCAACGAUCGAUACUGGAUCUUGGAAUUGCACCUGAUUUUUAGAUUGUGCAUGUUCAGUCACCCAACAUCUCCAACAAUGGCUGAUUCUCCAUCAGCGUUCUCGAUUUGGAUCUCUCAGAUCUCAGACACCAUAAAAGACUCCUUCCUUGGUCUCGGCCCCAAACUGACCUCUGACCCAAAGUCUGAAGUCACAGAGGUGGAUGAGUCUCAUGUGGACGAGUCUCAUGUGGACGUCUCAUCCAUGAGUUCUGAGGAGAAGCUUCAGGUCCUGCACACCCAGCUGGCUUCCAGAGGUCUGAUCGAGUCAUUACCAAAUCGUUUGACUCCCAUUAAUGAGGAAAUGGAGAGCUGGAGAAGCAGCAUGUCAUCACGUCCAACCAGCACUGUGAACAGUUAUGGGGACAAUGGCGAGAUCUCCAGUUCCUCAGACAGUGAGGAGGAGAUCGUGAAGCGCUUCGAGAUCUCAGUCUCGCGUUCUCAGAGUUUUCGCUCUGGAAUCUCAGAGGUCACGACCCAGAGUGCACCGGGGCAACAGCGCAAGUUUGAAAGACUGCUUCCUGAGCAGGAGGAGGAGGGCAGCACAGAACCAUCAGACUGUGAAGCUGCAGAAGGAGUUAGCAGGAGAAGUUUCCAGGACCCGCUCUCUGAACACACGGAUCCUCUAACGGAAUCGCUGUACCAGAAAGACCUCAGUGUAGCGGACACGUCGUCUGUUCGGGGACACAUGUCCUCCGUGGGCUCUCAGGGAUCUGAGACGCUGUCCAGGGGUCAGAGGAGUCGUCAGGGAAGUGCAGGACGCCGGACUCCUCUCUCACACAGAGAGACAGACAUGGCACUGGAUAAUCCGGGGUAUGAUUGCAACGAGGCUACGGACAGCUCUUCGACCUGGAGCCCUGAGCAUGAACGGGCAGCCAGUGUCAUCUCAGAGCCUCGCCCCCCCAGCUCAUCACCCCGCCCACCAAUCUCCAAAUGCGGUGACCUUGUGGUCGUCCUCAAUUAUCACCCUGACACCUGUAAGCUCCUGGUCACUGUGGUGAUGGCGCAGGACAUCCCGGAUAAAGCACGGAGCAGCAUGGACACGUGGCAGGUGCGUGUGGUGCUGCUUCCCGGAAAACGGCAGCGUUACAAGACGGCCAUGCAGAGGGGAUCCGCACCACGGUUCGGGGAGACGUUCCGCUUCACACGACUCGACACAUCGGAGCUGAAGACGUCGGCACUGCGCUUCCGCCUGUACGCUGUGGGCAAGAUGAACCGGGAGAAGAUGAUGGGAGAAACCAUCUACGCGCUGAACAAAGUCAACACCGAGAGACACGAGGUUACGCUCAUACUGGAACCUCGCAGCAACCUGAAGGUGUUAGACUCCGAGUUGUGUCUGAGUGGUGCUCCUGACCCCGCCUCCUCAGCCCAGUCUCUCUCUCAUGGUGGAGUUCCUGAGCUGCUGCUCGGUCUGUCCUACAACCCCACCACCGGCCGCCUCUCCGUCGAGGUCAUCAAAGGGAGCCACUUCCGCAACCUGGCGCUCAACCGGCCUCCGGAUACGUACGUCAAGCUGACCCUGCUCAACUCCAUGGGUCAGGAGAUCUCUCGGUGUAAGACGUCAGUGCGGCGCGGUCAUCCCAACCCGGUGUUCAAGGAGACGUUCGUCUUCCAGGUGGCGCUGUUCCAGCUCUCUGACGUCACCCUGAUGACGGCCGUGUACAACCGACGCAACAUGAAGCGCAAGGAGAUGAUUGGCUGGCUGGCGCUGGGCCAGAACAGCAGCGGCGAGGAGGAGUCGCUCCACUGGCAGGACAUGAAGGAGAGCAGCAACCAGCAGGUGUGCAGGUGGCACGCUCUCCUUGAGGCAUAGACGGAUAAUGACAGGAAUCCAACAGCAUCAACAGGGUUGGGCUUAAAACAGUAACAGUAAUGAUGAGAACAAAUGCAAGCAAACAAACAGGAGAGAUUUGGCUUCAGGGUCGUUAUGGUCUCACGGUUGGGUCAUGGUGUAGGAUUGGAUAGUUGACCAAUUAAUGGAGGCAAAAAAGCCACUUGGGCUGUAAAAGAGAGUGUGGUUUGGAAAGGGAAAGGUCCGAAGGUUCAGGUUGAACAGAAAACGUGAAUGAUGGUUGUGUGUUUCCAUCAAGUGCUGUUUGUCAGAAGUGGUGCAAAAGGAAGACGUCAUUUGAAACUGUUAUUCUCUGUGGGUUUGACCUCCAAAAUCCGACACUCCAGACAAUUUGAGCUGAAAGAGAAAUAAAAACGAAAUGUUUUUUCUCAACUUGAUGUAGGACUGUAAUGGUACAUCAG